UCUCUCGCGUUUCAGAUUGCCCUCGAGCUUGCCUGCAAGUGGAUUUCUUUAAUUUAUUGGUGUUUUAGGUUAGUGACCCUCUCCGGACGUAACCAUGUUCGAGAUAUCGGAGGUCCAGAAGAUCGGAGUUGGUCUGGUGUGCUUUGGCAUCGGAUUCUUCACCCUCGGCAUCAUCUUGAUGCUAGAUCGUGCUUUGAUGGCGAUGGGGAAUAUACUCUUCAUUGCAGGAGUCGGUUUCGUGAUGGGACACCAACGCCUAUUGGCCUUCUUCACGGACCGACAGAAGAUAAAAGGCACGCUGUGCUUCUCAGGCGGCGUUGCGUUUGUUCUCAUUGGUUGGCCGUUUGUCGGAAUGGUGGUUGAACUCUAUGGUUCAGUAUUACUGUUCAAACAUUUGAUACCGAUGGUGUUGCUGUGGCUGCGACAAGUACCUGUGAUCGGGAUGAUCUUGAGACUGCCGGGAAUCAGCUCGGUGGUGGAUACGCUCAGUGACGACAGCAAGAGCAUCGUGUAGUGUUCGUGUCAUUCAGCGAAUCGUGUUCCCUGUGGGCGCGUGUGAUGCGCUUUUUCAUUGGUCACUUUUUGGGGGGUUCAUCGGAGUUCGUGGGUUCCGAUUGAAGCAGGACAUUUUUGGGAAACUCCGGGUCGCUGUUACCGUGAGUUUGAAGCCAGUCUUCGACGGGGAGAAGAAAAAAAGAACCGAAUUUCUUUUUGUUUUUGGGGGUUGAGCUGUUGGAAUGUUUUGGGUUUUCGCGCGAUGAUUUUAUUCUCCUUGUGUAUUGACGAAAAGCGUUCGUGUUGGCGAACAAUGUUGAACUUUUGGAUCUUUGAUUGUUUCAAU